CAGAUCCCCGGGACAACAUUGAGGAUUUUGGCAGCCCCACGCUACCGCCGUGUCCCAUUCCCUGGCUGGUGUGCCUUCCCUAAGGUUUAAAAGAUGAAGCCCACAUUUAGCAGAAAAUCGAAGCUCUGUGUGACCGAGCAGUGGAAGUACUGGUUCUUGCAACUAGGAUCAGAUUGAGGGCUGAAACCAGACUUUCACUUUCGAUACUAACAUUUUGGCUGCGUGUUUUUUUUUGUUGUUUUUCAACGCGGAUCUGGGGGUCAGAUGGUCGGCAGAGUUUUUACAGGCAUCUGAUACCAAGCUUCCUAUGAUUCUUAUGUGCAACCCUUUUAAAAAUGGACAGAACUAUAGAGGUGUCUGAUCUCCCCACGGGUCUUUCAAAGCGGAGCCUUGAAGACAAACUCAUGAUUCAUUUCUUGAGGGCUAAGAAUGGAGGAGGUGAAAUCAUCGAUGUGGUGUUCCCAACUGAGUUCCUGUCAUCUGCACUUAUAGUCUUUGAAGAGGCAGAAGUGGCUCAACGUGUUCUUCAAACUGAAAAUCAGAUUCUUACAGUUAAUGGGAAACAGCACAAAUUAAAAGUGAAAUCUGCUGAUUCUGAGAUCAAAGUUGAUCAGGUCAUCCCCCAUAUUUCUAUGACAAUAGACUAUGGAAAACUCCUUGAUGGGAAAAGAUUAAUGAAACGUUUGCAGAAGACACACAGAGAUAUCCAGUUUGGUUUUGAUCCCAAAGUUGAACAAUGUACCGUGGGUGGAACAUUCUCAGCCGUCAAGGAGCUCAGUGGCAAGAUUCAUCACCUGCUCACUUUAAAUUCUGACCAAAGCAGUGCCAGCUUGAAUGAAACUAAGCACCAACUGCAGGACAGCCCAGAAAGUGCAGAUUUCAGUGGUUCAAACAGUGCGAGGAAAGACACCUGGAAAUCCAGUGCAGCCUCAAAUGCCAAGGGGGAUAGCUUAGAAUCUCAAACUAAGUCUAGAUUGGAAAGUUCACUUCGUGGCAGGAGAGGCGGUGAUUUGCAACAAUUCAAAGAGGACCGCACUAGUAUUUUAGAGGAUUACACUUUAUUGAUGGAUUCUGAUAUUUACAUGUAUAUUCAGAAAUUUUAUAAAGACCGAUAUCAAAACAUCCUGCACAAAUACCGCGUGGAGGUAAUAGAUAUGAGCAAUGAAGGCAUCACCACGGCAAUUUUGCAUUCAGCGCCUGGCUGUUUGGACUGCGGAGCAUCACUGCUGCGAGCGCAUCAUGAACUUUCUCAACUCUACCAGGAAUUUGAGUUCAGGCUUCGCAAGGAACAGGUCGAGAAGGGAAGUCUAACUUCUGAUGUCAAUCUGCUACAGAACAUCUAUAUCAAUCUCAAGGCACAAUUCCCCCAAAUAAAUUUCCAUGAAGAUCCAAAAUAUUUUUACCUAAUAGGCACUUCAAAUGACUGUUCAUUGGCCAAGAAAUACCUACAGGAUUUGAAAGAGGAAUUGGAAAUUAUUUCACAGAAAGAAAGGUAUGUGACAUCAGGCAGCUUGCCUGAAAGCCACCAGACUACUAAUAGUAGUGCAUCUUACUGUCUGCACGAAUUUAAGGAUAGCGGUUCACUUAAUCAACAUGGUUCAGAUGUCAGAAAGGAUCACAAAUUGGCUCCAACUUUCAGUGGUAAAAGGGAAGUUGAUAGUGCUUAUCUUGCAGGAAGCAGUGUUGCUAAGGAUGAUCUGGUUGUUAAGCCUGAGCAGACAGCUGACCAACUGAUGACUGGCUUCAGUAAGGCAAGAAGUCCACCAACAGACACCAGGAAUUGGGAUCAACAGCAAGUCCCCAAGCACAAUACUACUACCGAUGAGAUACUUACUAAUACUAAUAAAUCAUUAGUCAGUGGUACAGGGCAGUUGGUUACGCCCAAAAGAGGCUCUCUUGCCAAGAGCAACAAAGAUUUUUCUGUGUUAACUGAUCAGGCCAAGCUACUGAAAAGUCCUGACAAAACAGGCUGUGAUAUUUUGUUCAAGGGAGAUGAAGAUUCUUCCAGUCUAUGUACAAAUAAAGGACUCCGACAUUUCCAAUAUAACAAAAGCAACAAAGCCCAAGGUCCUGUAAAGCCAUGCCACUUCGAAACAUCGGCUGGAACACUCUUUCAUCAAGGAGAGCUGCUGGACACCAUGCAGACGGCUCAUUCCAUUGCUACCACCAACAAUUCAGAAGGUCCGUCAACUAAAACACCUUUGAGAAGAACAAGUAGUUUCUCUGGAUGCUUGAAAUCAAAACGGCCUUCAGAAGCUCUCAGCAGUUUCAAAGAGAGGCCCACUGAAGUUGCGCUCUUCACUGAAGAGAUUCUAUUGGAUUCAGAUGUGUGGUCUUAUCUGAAGGACAUCCAUGCAUUGACUAUUAGACAGAUUAUAUCCAGCACAGAUGUUAUGGUGAAUGAACAAUUGCUGGGAGAUACCACGGGACUGAAAUUGGCAGCACAGAACAAAGAUCAUGUCAAAGCUGCAAAGGAAGAUAUUUUGUCAGUUUACACCCUGAUAAUGAAGCAUUUGACUCAGCAACUCCUUCCUUAUAGGGAUCUGGGCAUAGAAACCAUUACAGAGGAAACUGUGGCGAUUUGGAAAAGUAAACUAAAAAAAAACUUCCCCAAGGUAAAAUUCAUUGUUUCGCAGACUGGUUUCCACAUUAUUGGCACAUAUGAGAAUUGCUUUAAAGUGAUAGCAUCUUUUAAGCCUGAGUUAAAAUAUGCAUCUGUGGAAGACUUACCCUGGAUGGACACUACAUCCAUAUCAGCUUAUAACCAACAUCCAUUUCUUGAAGCUGAAAAGUCCAAGGACGCAGCGGAAGAGAACCUAACUAAAUCUGCAAGUAGUUUGUCAUCAUUGGGUCAGUUUCCUGAUGGCAGGAAAUCUGAAGACUUGAACACUUCAGACGUCCACACGGGUAGUGUCAGUCUGCAAACAACUGCAAAAAGAGAACAAGCUUUGUUUCAGUCAAAUAGUGAACCUACUGAAACCACAGGUCAGGGGAAGGCAGCGGAGAGCUCCAGCACUUGUAGUUCUCAGCCAGAUGGAGAGGAGCAGCUUUUGUACAAGCAGAUGAAGAAUCUGAAUGAAAGGGAUAGCCCUGUAUUCAUUUCAAGGCAGGAGCCAAGUCAAUUUAUGAAUCAGAAGAGGUCACCAAAAACCCUUGAUGAGGGGAGUAGUUUUGACUCGCUUCAUGGUCAGGUUGAUUAUAAAUGUCCAAAAAUGAUCAAGCAGGUUGGAGAUGUGGAAGGAAUCAAUGUAAAGAAGACGUUACCUGAUAAAUUUCAUUUUGCAUCCAACAAGCUAACAAAGGAAAGCCAGUGGUACAAUAAAGCGAGCAGCUUGCAUCACAGUAAGGUGGAUAGCGGGAUGCAGUCAUUGCCAGUGUCUUAUACAGGCAUAUUGGCCUCAUCAUUGCAUCAAGGGAAUUAUGGCCAAUAUAUCACCAAGUCAGCUACAGAUUCAAAAGACCAAAUGCAAGCAAAAUACGUAGAGCAGCAAACUGAGAGGAAUGAGAUAAUGCCUCAAGAAAGCAAGGUCAUGAGAAAUUCUCAGCAAAGUCAACCCAGAAGUCCCGCUAUAGGAAUGGAUGCACAAGAGCUAAGUGAACCAGCCAUGGCAUGUAACAACUGCAAGAAAAGUGACAAGUUGUCAAAGGUAGACUGUGGCCAAUGUCGAGCCAACGUUCAAAAUAAAAACGAAAGCCGGUGCAUGCCUACCAUGAAGUUUUCAAUUCUGAAUAUUAGCUUGGAUGGAUUUCAAAGAGCAAUGACCAUUCAAAUAACCUAUGACAUUCCAGAUGGUAUCCAAGGGGAAAGUGAUCCAAACCCAGGAGAACCAUUCAAAGGAGGGGAGUUUAGAGCCUACUUGCCCGAAUCUCCUGAAGGAAAGAAGGUUUUAGGAUUGCUAAAGGAAGCCUUUAAUAAAGGCCUGAUCUUCAAAGUAGCAGCUAAUCCUCCAAGACCAGCCCACGUGACAUGGAAUGCGAUUCCUCAUAAAACAGCCAUAACUGGAGGUAGACAAAAGAAUGGUUACCCUGACCCAUACUACAUGAAGAAAGUUUUGGCAGCUCUGGCAGAGCAUGGUCUUCAGUGAAAUCACACGUCACAUCACCCAGCUUGAGAAUGUUUUAGCACUGUACAAAUUUUGCUGCAGAUCCUCGUGUGAACUGAUUGUGUGCUUUCUCUUAAAAAAUGUGCAUUCAUUAUAAACAAAAUACUGAACAUUGUCAAGGUCUGUUACUUCACAGUUGCUCAUUUGGACAAAUUGCUUUGGAUGCUUUUGAAUGAUGAUAUGCUCUUGAGAGUUAGUUUACUGUCAUGUAGUUUCCAGAAUACAGUCCACUUAUUUUACA